UCAAGGAUGUCGAAGGCUUGGUGGCCUACUAUUUUUAAACAGAAAGUAAUCCAGCAGAGCAAGACUCUCCCUACCUCAAGUGACCUUGAACUGAUCUACUGUGCUGAAGGAGCUUCAAAUGAGAAGGAAUUGAAAAACCUUGCAUCUGGCUGGGAUACUGAUCUUGCUUUCAUCAUUCUCCUGCUCCACCUGAUUCCUCCUUCCUGUCAAGGCUGCAAAAGACCUGGCAAGGUUUCUGCAUCCCAAGCUGAGAAGCACCUUGUGGUCUUCCAGAAGAGUGGAACAAGUAUUCAGCAACAUGUCGAUGCCAUCACCUCUACAAUAAAGCCCUUAUCGUCUUGCUUCCUUGUGGGUCUGCUGAGCUUGUACAACAGCAUGGGGAAAUGUUGGGUCACCAACGUAACCCUGUGUACCUGUAAGAGCAUAUACGGCUCAUACAUCACCUUGUCCAAGGACACUACUGUUCAAGCAUAUGAAGAGUUCCUCCACGAUCUGACGAGCUGCAAAUCAAGUGCAAAUGCUCCUCACUUAGCUGUGGCUGCAGGAGUAGGAGCUCACACCAACAAGGCUCCGCUCCAGACGCGGGUAGUGCCCAACCUGCUGCGGUUCUGCUAUCUCGCAGGCCUUUGA